UAAAAUAAAUCUGCAUCACAAUAGUAUCUAGAGAAGCAGCUCGGCAAUCAAGAGACAGUAAACAAGUCAGGACUUGUCAGUCGAGAGAGAAGGCGUGUCUAGAGAAGUCCUGCGCAGCUGUGAGCAGCGGGCACUGACUCAGCGAAACAAAACGAGUGUGGAAAGCAGAGAGGCUGGAAGCGCAUCGCAGGAACCCCGUGCUGUCCUCUCCAUACCCCGGGUCCUGUAAACCCAGAGGAGGCAAGAGCGCGACUGAGGAACACACAUAUACUUCUAGACACACACAAACAGCAACAACCUCCGUGCAACCGCACUUUCAUGUAACCCCCGCAGUGCUGGGAGUUGUUGGCUGCGCGUAGCACUGCGUGCGGUAGAUUUGUGCAUUAUUUACCCAGGCGGCAGGGGGAGCCUUUUUGCGCAUCUCACCUGUGCUACCCGUGCAGGUUCUUUGUGUCCGAGGCGAUGACUGCAGGACCAGGUGCCCCCCCCAUGGCCCGAGCUCUGAAGGACGGAAUGCAAGGCAAGGAGGCGUUGCCGGGGGGCAACCCGGUGAACUGUGGAGGAGCGGGAGGGGGCAGCUCAGCAGUCAGAAUGGAAUCGCUUCGACGUCGAAGCAAUCACCCCUUAAUGACGGGGUACCAGCAAUGCCGUCGCUCCCUGUGGACGCACAGCGGCCCCGACGAGAUGGGCACACAGCCCCCCCUCACCCAGCAAGGCACCCCUGCGCCACUCUGCAGCGCGCCACACCAGAGCUCGGACGCUUGUUCUCGGGACCAGCAGAGGAGUCCCAGCUUGAGGGAUGUCCAUGCUCUGCCUGACAUGCUGCAGAGGAACCAGCGCCCCCUGGCUGACAUGCCCCAGAACUGCAGCCCCGCCUCCUCGGAUCAGGGAGAGGAGGAAGACUUGUCAGGAAUGGUUGCCGAGCAACUGAGAAUCAUCGGGGAUGAGAUGAAUGAGAUCUACCAGCAGAGGAGGAAUGAAGCGCAGGGCUGGCUCCACUGGGGAGCCGUGUGGAGAGGACUGUACAACUUCAUCUCACAGACUCUGAAUACUGGCUACCUGCCUGGGCUUCGAUAGACAAGGGGAGAGGGAAGAGGGGAGAGGGGAGAGAGGGGAGAGAGGGGGGCUGGCUCCCUGCUCAUACACUCCUGAAAACUCGUACGUGAAUUCCGCUGGUCCGGAUAUUUUUCCUAAAACAGUUCAAACAGUGGUGUGUGUGCGUUUUUUUUUUUUUUUUUUUUAAAUCCUGUUUGUUUUUUGAUUGUGAGCCGUUUCCUGCCCUUCAUCAGCGCGGUACAGGGGCGAUUUCCUUUUUUUUUUUUUUUUUUUUUUUUAAAGAAAUGUUAUGAAUUUUCUUUCAUCAGGAAGCAUAAUUCUACAUACCGAUUAUGAAAAAAUAAAAUAAAACACAUUACAUUUUUUAUUUAUUUUAUUUAUUAAACUUGUUUUUGGGGGCAUUAUUUAUAGUUCAUACAUAUAUCAGCAGAACUGAUCAAUUCUACUGCAUUCCUUAUGACUGAGUUCUGAACGUUACUUACAAAUAAAACAAUAAAGACUGAAGUGGGGUUCGGGACCGGACGAAACACCCCUUAAAGCUGUGCAAAAUCCCAAUGGCAUGACUGUGCCCUUAGUGCCAUCACACUGAUUCAGUCCCGCAGUCUGUUCACUUCUCUGGAUGAAGGUUUUAGGUUAGCCCUGUACAUAAUUGUCAGUUUAAAAAAAAAAAAAAAAAAAGAAAGUGUACAUUGACUGUUUCGACUUUUCUAUGAAUUUUGUACAUCUUUUCCAAUAAAGGUUGAAAAUACGA